UUGAAGCAUAAAUGAUCUGUUGUUGUGCAAUAGAAGCAUAUCACCUUUCUUCGAUCAAAAUAUGAUUGCAUGUUGAUCCACGUGAAACUUGAUGGCUUGCCAGUUGUCUAGGAUGCAAAACCUUCCUAAACUCCUGAUUGAGAUAUUCACAAUCUCCUGGUGAGAACAUACUGCUCUCUGGGUGUAGUGUUUUGAAUAUCUCUGGAGAACAAGUAGGUGGCAUGCAAUCUUAAAAGUGAUGAUCCUCAGCAUUGUCUUGGAGAAAAUGUCUUUUACACAGCUCUUACUGGGCAGUUUAGGUUCUAAACUAAUGGGAAACUAAUUAUAAAAAAUGGAAAAACUAAUUAUAUGUAACAGGUUUCUCUGUAGUAAGGGGCUUCCACUGGAAUAUCUAUGGAAGGGAAAGCAUGACAGCCAGUGUCUUGCUUUUUUUGGGAGAAAAAACCUGAUGAAUUUCUGACAACAUAUAAGAGUAUACCAGGUAGGAUUGUGCUUCUCAAUUGAGGGGUCACUCAGCUGUUUGUAUUGUUUGACGUUUGGUGAUCUUUGUGGAAAAGAGUUUCUUAUUGCUUAAAAUCUUUUGGUUUGAUUGGUGCAUUGGUUUUGGGGAUACAAGGAAAAGUACUGAUAGAACAGUGAACGUGGGCUGCAGAUAUGCUGGUCUUAAGUGUCUUUUGUCUGCUGACACUUAGAAGCAGGUUCCUGGCCAGAUGUUUGAUUGUUGAAUUUUUUUGUUUAGUUGUUGCAAAAUGUCUUCAAACUGUAACUUCAAAAAGUGUUAUAGGUAUAAAUUCCCCUGUUAAACCAUUCUUUUUCUCUCUUUUUUUUCAGUCUUUCAUUUCCUACAGACAGAGAAAAGCUGGUUUUCAGCAGCUGUCCUGUUCUUCCCUCAUGCUUCAACUCCUAGAAAAGAGCCAAGGGUCACAGUAAUACUAAUUUUUUUCUCCUUUGAUCUUUCCUGCUGUUGUUGCCAGGGUUUGUUCUCAAUUGUAAACAAGUGGUGCAGGGAAGACGGAGAGACGGGGGAGGAGUUCGGACUCACUGUGCAAAUACAUACAGACAUACUAAUCUGAAUUGAUGCCUCGUUGAAAAAAAUCACAGGUGAAGCAAGCAGCCAGCAAUGGCUCACUCAAAGGCUCUCUUAGUGCUGGAAAACUUCAUAGGUGGAAAAUUUGUUCCUUGUUCCUCCUACAUAGACUCCUAUAAUCCGUCCACUGGAGAUGUCUAUUGCAGGGUUCCAGACAGUGGCAAAGAAGAGGUGGAAGCUGCUGUCAAAGCUGCCAAAGAUGCCUUCCCAAUUUGGUCCUCAAAAAGUCCAUUGGAAAGAUCUCAGAUCCUGAACAAGUUGGCAGACCUGAUUGAACAUGACCUGGAAGCGUUUGCACAAGCAGAGUCAAAGGAUCAGGCUGGUUUAAUCAGUCCUUGGAAUUUGCCACUGUAUUUGUUGACUUGGAAAAUAGCUCCUGCCAUUGCAUGUGGAAAUACUGUGGUUGCCAAGCCAAGUGAGAUGACAUCUGUCACAGCCUGGAUGAUGUGCAAGCUCUUGGAGAAAGCAGGGGUGCCUCCUGGGGUGGUGAAUGUCGUGUUUGGAACAGGGGCCAAGGCAGGAGAGGCCCUGGUGUGCCACCCCGACGUGCCUCUGAUCUCCUUCACGGGCAGCACGCUGACGGCGCAGCGGAUCACGGAGAAAAGCGCUCCGCACUGCAAGCGCCUCUCGCUGGAGCUGGGAGGCAAAAACCCCGCCAUCAUCUUCGAUGAUGCCGACUUGAGCCAGUGCAUCCCCACCACCGUGAGGUCCAGCUUUGCCAACCAGGGUGAGAUCUGUCUCUGCACCUCCAGGAUCUUUGUUCAGAGGGGAAUUUACAGUGAGUUUUUGAAGAGGUUUGUGGCUGAGGCCAAGAAGUGGAAGACUGGGAAUCCCUCAGAUCCUACAAUUGAUGUGGGAGCACUAAUAAGUAAAGAGCAUCUAGAAAAGGUAAGGACCUACGUGAAGAAAGCCCAGGCUGAAGGAGCCAGGAUCCUCUGUGGAGAGGGAGUGGAUCCUUUGGCCCUCCCACCUGGCAACCAGAAAGGCUAUUUCAUGUUGCCCACAGUAAUUGCUGAAGUCAAGGAUGAAUCCUGUUGCAUGCAAGAAGAGAUCUUUGGUCCUGUGACAUGUGUGGUAGCAUUUGAUACAGAAGAGGAGGUGAUCAGAAGAGCCAAUGGUGUGAAAUACGGCUUGGCAGCCACGGUGUGGUCUGGCAACGUGGGACGCGUUCACAGGGUGGCACACAGGCUGCAGUCUGGAUUGGUGUGGACCAACUGCUGGCUUGUGAGAGACCUGAACUUGCCAUUUGGUGGGAUGAAAGCCUCAGGCAUAGGCAGGGAGGGAGCAAAGGAUUCCUACGAGUUCUUUACUGAGGUCAAAACUAUCACAAUAAAGCACUGACAUAUGUCAACGGAAGUAUUUUAGAGUGAACUAAAUGACAGCAAUUUGAGUUACCAAAAAUGGCUCCUUAGAAUACAGACUGCUGUUGUAGCCAUUCCUUUCUUGAACUUUGGUCAAGUAAUAUCAAUGACAGCUGAAAAUGAUCAUCCCAAAUGCUAAUGUAAAAGUCAGUUUUUCAUGUUGGAUGAAAAGGUCAGUGUGGACUCCACAGUCAACCCAUCUCAAGCCAGAUGACUUGCCUGUCUUACAGAUCCUGAAUAUUUUUGAUAUUUUUGAUAUUCCUGCUUCAAAAAUCUGUCCCUUUAAGGCAGAUUGGAGAAAGAGUAAUAUAUUACAGUAGCUCUGGUUUGUGAAUUACCUUGAGGGACAAAGUAACAAGUACUACAUGGUGAGACUGAUAUUGUAAAGGGGAAUCAGCUCAUUUUCACUCUAAACAGUGUCGUCCACACAUCCACCCAUAUUGCACUUCACUGAUAUCAGACAAGGGUUGAUACUACACUACACUGAAAGCCUGAGAAACUCUUUUCAACCAGCUAAGUGGUUUUAAACCAUGGGGUCAUGACAUUCUGUUGAUAUUCACAGAGCCAAUAAAUGUUUUAAUUAUAACCUUCUUUAUGGUUGGGAGCUGAAUCAUCCUAAUACCUGUUCUCUUGUCUAUUUUAAAAUUAAAGCCUUUUGUCACUUCAA